GCCUUUGAAAUCGUGGCGCGCCCCGCCCUGGACUCUGCGGGCUCCAGCAUUGACCGCUUGAAGAUGGCGAUAUACACCAAAUUCGCAGCAUGGGGCCUGCCCUGCCCCAUCACCGGUCACCCCAACAGCGGCAAGUUCGGCGGGGAGCAGCAGCAGCAGGCAGGCGGCGGCGGCGGCGGUGGUGCCUCAGGCGGCGCGCCGGCGACGGUGUAG